AGUAACAAGUGGUACCAUGUACCAGUGAACCGGUCCAAUUACUCCCCUAACAUCUAACCGUCUCCAUUAACCGCCAAUAAUCGACCUCGUUUUGGUUGGCUUCUGAGGCCUUCAUCCAACACCACAGCGCAGCGUCCAGUAUCUCUUUUCUUACGUGAUAACAAGAUGAAGUUCAACUCGACCGUGUCCUCGUCGCGCCGCAAAAGCCGCAAGGCCCACUUCGGCGCCCACUCGACCCAGCGUCGUGUGCUCAUGAGCGCCCCUCUGUCCAAGGAGCUGCAGAACAAGUACAAUGUUCGCAGCAUGCCCAUCCGCAAGGAGGACGAGGUCAUGAUCGUGCGUGGCUCGCAGAAGUCCCGUGAGGGCCGCGUGACCGCCGUGUACCGCAAGAAGUUCGUCAUCCACGUCGAGCGUGUGGUGCGCGAGAAGGCCAACGGCGCCUCGGUGCCCAUUGGCAUUGACGCCUCCAAGGUGGUCAUCACCAAGCUCAAGCUUGACAAGGACCGCAAGAAGAUCCUGGAGCGCAAGAACCGCGCCGUGUCCGAGACCGAGAAGGGCAAGUUCACGGAGCAGGACGUCGCCAUGGCCACGGUCGACUAAGUGCCACGUUGUGGUACUGCCGUCUCGAGCAUUGUUAUCGUAGAGAGAAGGAAAGACACAUUAAGUAUGGCAAUGCAGAAUCAUGGAGGAGUGAAUACUCUCUCUUUGGCAUUUGCCAACACAAA